AUGGCCACAACAAAUGCAGAUCAGCAAAGAAAAUCUCGUCAAGAUGCCGAGGCAGUAGAAAAUUUCUCAAAAAGAUAUUACGAUAUACUAGACACGCGAAGACAUAAUGUAGAUAAAUUUUACCAAAAUCAAGCCAAAUUAAUCUGGAAUGUUGGACUACCACCAACGAAGCAUCAUAUCUAUGCGUUAGAUUUCUUUCCUAUGAAAGAUCUGUUUCCUGAUGAAGAUACAACAUAUCAAGUAUUCGUCAGUGGUGCAGUUGUUUACGGAUCGGUUGACAGCGUGACAAUCACGAAAGAAAAACGUCUGUUUUCACAUGCAUUUAUCUUAACUGUGGAUAAUAUUACUUCGACAUGGGUCAUUGUCAAUGAAUCUUUUCGAUUUCAUGAAUAG